GAAUAUCGCACAGGCUGGUCGUGAGAUUGAAGAGUGUGUCCGGGACGUGGUUUUUGGCGCAAAUCGUCUAGGCCCUCAAGCAUGUGGUGAUAUUUUGUUCGACAGGAGAAUGAUUUAGGGCACAAUCCACCUUGUUGAUUUGGGGAGCAAGAGAGAGACAUAGCGCGUGUGAGAGUGGAAUAUUAAAUGGAUGAGGGAUUUUAAUACGACAAAGAGUGUGUAGAACCAAUAUUGCGAGAGUAAAGAAGAACACAACAAUUUCGCCAGUGUGUUUCCGCGCGCAAGACAGACAGAAUUUUGUUUUAAAUAAAAAGUGAUAAGAUUAAUCCAACAAUAUUUUGUGCGUGAAUGAAGUAUUUGAGCACGCACACAGACGCGCCGAUAAAGAAAAGAGUAAAGGAUGGUGGAAGAGUGUAAAUUUGAUGUGUGAAUUUCCUGACCAAAAUUAAUUGAUGAUAGCACAGAGUGACGGAAGAUUAUAGUGUGUACACGCAAUUCAAAUAGAGAGAGUGAGAGGAACUAUCAAUUUCGUCAUUAUGCAUCUAAUGAUGAGAUUUUGGCUGCUGUUUGCAAUGACGGUCAUAAGUGUCUCAUCGGGGGAUCACUUGUCCCCUCGGGAACGAUUGCAGAUGCACAAGGCAUGGCUGGAGAGGAGGGCGGCACAGAAGGCGCAAAUGCAGGAUCAGGAGAAGUCCUCGUACUUCCGCAAAGUCAUCAAAUUCAAGACAGACCAGGAGCCAAUUCACUCUAAUGACAUCUCGUUCAUGCCGAAGCAGGAUUUCGAUCCGCCAUCGCUCUAUGACGAGAGUGAGCGGAAUAAAUAUGAUGUCUUUGAGGCGGAGACCAAUAUAACAACCACAACAUUGUCAAGCACAACUGAUACGUCCGAUGAAUCCUCUUCUGAAGCGCCGAACGGCGUUCAGCUGAGGAACAACGUGAGGAACAUGGAUGUGUCGAGGCGUGGAGAUGCUGCUGAGGUGACGGCGACAGAAAUGGCUAGAACCACCACACCAAUGCCACGGAGGAGCAAGCCAAAAGAGCCACAGAAACCAAGGAAGGGCUCAAGUGGGAAUGGAUAUCGAUACUGGAGUCCAUGGAGCAACUGGACAGAGUGUUCCAGAUCUUGUGGCGGCGGAAUAAAGAUGCAGGCUCGCGAAUGCAUAGCUAAAGUAUUUGUCAACAGCAACAACAACAGGCAAGGCAGGAACAAGUCCAAUGCUGUCAUCUACCGAAAUAACACAGAAUGCAUUGGUCUGUACAAGAGGUAUAAUAUCUGCAACGAGCAGGAGUGUCCGGAUAGCGAGAGGGAUUUUCGUGGGCAACAAUGUGCCCAAUUUAAUAACCAAACUUUUCGCGGGAAGCGCUAUGUCUGGGAGGCAUUUAUAAAAGAGGAUGCCGAGUGUGAAUUGAAUUGUAAGCCUGUUGGACUCAAUUAUUUCGCCACACUGAACAACGCCGUGAUUGAUGGGACGCCGUGCACGAAACCGGCAGAGUACUAUCGAAGAAAUUUCCAGGGACGAGCUGUGUGUGUUGAGGGAAUUUGUAAGAUGGUCCACAACAGUGGGAUCAUCGUCGGCGCGUACAUGAAUAAUGGUGCUGUGCGCUGCGGAAAUUUGAUUUGUCGCCCAAUUUCUGAGAUCUUCACAAAGAAUCCUCUGCCCACGGGUUAUGUCCACAUUGCCACAAUCCCAAGUGGGGCGUCGAAUAUUUCAGUGACGGAGCAGAAGAAUUCAAUAAAUUUGCUGGUUUUGCGCAAUGAGAAUCAGUCCACAAUCAUCAAUGGGGACUAUACAGUGUCAUCGAGUGGAAUUUAUGAGGCUGCUGGAACGACUUUUGACUAUCGACGCAUCGAUAAUGCCAUUAAUGGCGUUACUGAGUGGAUCACAUCCCUCGGACCAACAGCAGAGCCCAUUCAGCUGAUGGUGUUGGCGCAGCAGCCGAAUCCAGGCAUUAAAUACGAGUAUCUUCUACCCAUCAACGCACUCACGCAGUCUGGAUCUGAGGAGGAGAUCACAGAGAGUGUUUCUGCCGAAACUGAGUCUCCCUCGAAGGCGUCCACCCUGAAGUCUGGGGAUGAGACUGAGAGUCAGCCGAAGACGCAUCGCAGGAGGAGAUUUCAGUGGAAAGUUCUGCGAUUCCAGCCGUGCACUAAAACAUGCGGAGGAGGAGUUCAGUUGCCGGUGAUCAAAUGCGUUCGAGAUGGUUCCGUGAAGAUCUCUCCGCUGAAGAAGUGCGCUCAUUUGCCAAAGCCGACGCUCAGUCAUCAAGAAACUCGCUGCAACAUUCAACCCUGUCCGGCAUACUGGAAAAUCUCCCCGUGGGAAGAGUGCCAGUGCGGAGCAGCUGUCGGUGAUGAACCCUUCCAGAUGCGUGAGGUGCAUUGUGUGCAGGAGCUUGUCAAUGACAGAGUGAUUCAAGUGAACAACGAUGCUUGUAUUGAUCAGCAGCCGAGCACAAGUCGGUCGUGCGAGUGCUCGAAGUUGAUGAAGCCACCUCAGAUGGAGGUGCAUAAGAACCACCUGGCACCGCUCUACUAUCAGCAUGGCUCUGAGAACGCCACGACGCCCAGACACACGAGAAUGCAACACCAGCACUCGGGCAGGAGACCCUCGAGUCGAAGAGCCGGCAUUUGGUUGGUAUCUGAAUGGACUGAAUCGUGUUCCGUGGAGUGCGGAGUUGGAAUUCAGUAUCGUCAGAUCUUUUGCGACAGAUCACCUCCGAAUACCGAUCGAUGUGAUCUGAAGAUCACGCCAGACAAUGUGCAGCAGUGCACUUCGGAGAAGAGAUGCAACUUUGGGGAUUGGUUUGCUGGACAAUGGAGUGAGUGUUCAGGAGAUUGUUUCAAUCUCACGAGAUCUCGCCAAGUGUUGUGCAUCAGAGAUGAAGCGAUCAUUCCCGACGACAACUGCGAUGAGUCCCUGAAGCCAGAGACAUGGCAAACGUGCAGUUUGUCGGAGGUGAAGGAGUGUGGGCCACGUUGGCUGUACUCUGAGUGGACAGAGUGCACAAAGGCAUGCGGCGAAGGCAGUCAGAAACGCGUUGUGAAGUGCUUUGAGCCAAAUAUUCACCUGAAGCUGAUGAAGGAAUCACAGAAUUGUCUGUACUCGGAGAAGCCAGUGGCUUUUCGCCGAUGCAACGGUCAUCAGUGCGAUGGCACAGCCACAACGGAACAGUAUUCAGAGCCCCGAGUGGAUCUUGUGCAGAAUGACAUCGUGCAGGAGUGCAAGGAUGAAUAUCCCAAUUGUCACUUCCUCAUCCGGCAGACUCGGCUCUGUAGUCACUCGUACUACAGCACGCACUGUUGUCACACGUGCAGAAAGAUUGAGGAGCACUAUCACAAUUGAGAGGACGGAGAAGGAGAAGCUCCUUAGAUAGACACAUAGCUUAAUAAUCACAAAUUUGUAUUGUGUUUCUAGUUUUGUAAAUUAUUUCAAAGAUUAUUUGCUUCUUCUCUCGCUCAAUAUCCUGCCAUAAUCAGCAUUAAUACAACACUUCAUUUCUAUCUUAUGUAA